GGCUGGCGGCUGCAGCCGGCGGACGGAGGGACGGGCGGGCGUCGGCGAUGGUUGAGUGACCUAAAGGAUGUCCCUUCAACCAUGGGCCAAACUGUCUGCAUCUGCUCUCGUGGGAUAAUCACCAUUGACAAUAAGCGUUAUUUCUUUAUCCAAAAUCUGGAUGAAGGGGGUUUCAGCUAUGUGGACCUGGUGGAGAGUGUACAGACCGGCAAGUUCUAUGCCCUGAAACGCAUCAUUUGCCAUGACAAAGAAGACCGGAAGAAUGCACUUACCGAGGUGGAGAUGCACCAGAUGUUUAACCACCCAAACGUCCUGCCUCUGGAAGCGUACAGCAUCGUGGACAAAAGUCCAAAAUGCGAGACUUGGCUACUUCUGCCUUACAUUAAGAAUGGCUCACUUUGGACAGAGCUUGAGAAACUGAGAGCUGCUAAUAACUUCAUGUCUGAAGAACAGAUACUGAGCAUCUUCCUAGGACUCUGCAAGGGACUGAAGGCUAUCCAUGACAAGGGCUAUGCACACAGGGAUGUGAAGCCCACCAAUGUUCUCCUAGAUGACAAUCAGCAACCUGUGCUGAUGGACCUGGGAUCAAUGACAAAGGCAAGGAUUGAGGUCAAAGGGUCACGGGAAGCUAUGACAAUCCAGGACUGGGCAGCACAGCGGUGUACCAUAUCAUACCGAGCCCCUGAGCUCUUCACUGUGGAAAGUCACUGCAUCAUAGAUGAGCGCACUGACAUAUGGUCCCUUGGAUGUGUGCUGUAUGCUAUGAUGUUCCUGGAAGGACCGUAUGAUGGCAUCUUCCAGAAAGGAGAUUGUGUUGCAUUGGCUGUACAGAAUCCAAUAAGCAUUCCGGAAAAUUGCAGGUACACACAAUCCCUGCAACAUCUGCUAACCUCUAUGAUGGUUGUUAACCUCCAAGAGAGACCAAAUAUUACCUGGGUGUUGAACCAGACUGAACAACUGCAGCCUGCAGGAGCCGUCCAGGAGACCAAAAUGAUCUGAUCUUGGCAGCUUAAACUGGAGUGGCUCCCUCUGUCCUAGGAGGCACUUUGCAUUUAUCAAUUAUCAGACUUUCAUUAUUUCUACAUGGAGAGAAAAACAUCGAGCAGCCUACUUUCAGUAUUUCUGCCAAUUGGGCAGGAUCCUGGGUGUUCCCACACCAUUUUGCACUCAAUAUUUUUCAAUUUUCAGUGGGACAGAAAGUAAAAGAAAUUGCACAUCUUUCUUCAUUGCAGAAGGAAUUGGCUGCUUGUUUUGCUCCAUUAUUACUACCUGUGCUUUAAUUUGAAUUAAUCAUAGCCACCAAAUCCUUUGAAUGCUAUGAUUACAUGCAAAUAAUUUGCAUACAGCAUCUUGCUGGAGAAGUAGUCUCACUGAACAUGAGAGACACGAUUUGCUGUCAGUUUGGUCACUAUUUUGGACGUUGCCUCUCAGCUCAUUUCCAUCGUCGUUCACCAGGUAUUAAGUGUUCACAGCUGGAGUGCACUAUUUCCAGCUGUGUAUAAUAAGGCAAAUGAAAAAUUGGCCUUGCACUGCCAACUCUACAUUGAGUGCAGGCAGGGCACAAUUCGUAAAGGUGGACUUUGAGGCUGUUGAACCUGACUUCCAGGUGUGCGACAGAGAACUAACUCAAUAAUGAUUAAGUUUUGGGAGCAAGUGUGGAAAUCUCUAAAGUUAUCCUUUGCAUCAUAGCCUUGCAAACUCCACCCGGUCUUACCAUGCUCUGCAUGGUGGGGUAAGGGUUGGUUAUAAUUGGGUUGCAUGGUUUGUUUGGGAUCCUGAGGGUGCUGGCAACCAUCUCUAUAGUAUUUUGUACUGUUUUUCUUUCAAUUAAAUCAAGUUUUUCCUCUUAUCUUUCACCCCUGUGUCCUCCCCCACUUACAAAAAAUGACAAGAUUCAGAACUUGAAAUCAUCAGUGAUUUUGGUUGCAGAAUGGGCAAGUUUGAAUCCAUCCGGGCUAAGCAAGCUGGUGAGAAGCCCAUCACUCAUCUCUCCACCCCCAGCCAAACAGUAGAUCUGAGCCAAACCAGAUGAAUAUUUUCCUCAAUGCUGCCUCACUCUUUCUGGAAAUAUCACCUCCCACUCUGUACUUUCUGUAGGAGCUUAGUUAAACCCAUCUCUGCUAUUUUCCAAGUACGUAUUCCAUGUCUGUUCAAAAUGGGCAGCCUUGUCUUUUGGAAGAAUCUCAAAAUGUCCAAUUUGUCAGCUUGCCAGGAAAUUGAGUCAUUUCCACAAGCAGGAGUGUAAAAACUUUCAAUCAAAAUCAUCUGUUGCAGAAAUGUUUCAGUUCCUUGUUGGAACUUGUACGCACAUGCGCACCUUAGAUAACAUAUUUCUUCCUUCCCCUGCAUUGCACUCCACCCUAAGCAACAAUGUAUUGAACACCAGAAAAUAAGCAGGUGUAGGCCACCUGGCCUGCCAUUGAAUAUGAUUGUGGCUGAUCUGCCCAAGCCUCAACUCCUUUUUCUGUGUCAGUUUCCACAUAACCCUCAAUUUGCUGACCCUUCAAAACUGUAUCUAGCUCCUCUUUAAAUACUUCCAAAGAUCUGGCCUCCACAACUCUCCAGUGUAGAUAAUUCCAGAGAUUCACCACCUUCUGCAAGAAAUUCCUAUGCAUCUGUUUUAGAUGACAGCCCCCUUAUUUUGUAACUAUAUCCCCCUCGUUUAACUGUCCCAUGAGUGAAAACCUCUCAACAUCUACCCUGUCAUUACACCCUUGGGAUCUUCUGCGUUUCAGUCAGAUAACUGCUCAUUCUUCUAAACUCCAACUUCUUUAGCUGCUUCUGAUAGGGUAGCACUUUCUUCCCAGGAAUUAGCUCAGUGAAUCUCUCUCAGAUUUCUUCCGAUGUCAGUAUAUUCAUCCUUAAAUAAGGGGACCAAAACUGUGUAGGGUGCUUCAGGUAUGCCCUCACCAAUACCCAUGGUAACAAUGCAUCUCUAUUUCUAACCCCUUUGACUCUGCAAAAACAAAACCUGUGCAAAUUAUUUUAAAGGGGUUAAAGGUGACUUGGUUGAUUCCUGAAGUUGCAUUUUCAUUUUCUAAUGUGUAAUACUGUACUUUUCUUUCCAACACUUCCUCCUCCACCCCACCCACCAGCUCCUACAAUCCCCAAUACUACGAACAAAAAUACUCUCAGUGCUCACCAGCUAGGUAUUUGGUUGUGUUGGGAACUUGCUUUGGUUUUAAAUAAGAGAGAAAGCUUGAAAUUAAAAAUAAAACUCCUGGGGGGAAAAAAACUUUGAAUUAAUGUGGAAGUCAGGUUAGCAUUUCAGACUAGGACCUUUUCAUCAGAACUGGAAGUUGUUGAGGGGUCAAAAGCUAAACAGAACAGUCCAUAGGGUGGAUGUUGACUGUUAACUAUUAUAAAUAGUAAAGUGCAAAUCAAGAGAAUGGUUUGGGUCUGGUCUCUCUCUUCAAAGAGCAAUCUAAUGAGUCGCACUCUUGUAUAUCCCAGCAGUUCUUUUCCUGGAAAAAACCUCCCAUUCCCUUUUGAGGACUAUCAUCCUUUCUACCACCUACCAACAAGUGAUUUCACGUUCCAACUAUGCAUUCAUCUAAACAAGUAGUUUUGCCUGGGUGCCUCUGGUUCUUUUGCCAAUCACCAUUUAAAACUUUGUUAGUCCUUCAGCUGUUGGUAGCGGUUUCUCUGAUUUUGCAAAGGAGAGGAGGAAUAGGCCCUCUGAGCUUCCACAUUCAAUUUCAUGGUUGAAACCUAUUCCCCAAGACCGUUUUGCUGGCCAGUCCUCAUAGCCUUUGAUUCUUCAGGUGUCCAAAAAUUCAUCGCUCUCAGCCUUAGAUAUAUUUAAUGCAUUUACAUGGUUUUAAACGCCUCUAUCAAAAUGUCUUAACCACCUCAGCUUUGAGGAGGCCAAUGUUAUGAAGACAGAAAAUAUAAAAGACACUGAAGAGAUGGAAAUCUGAAGAAAAGAAUGCUUGAAGUGCAAAGCAUGCCGCUCUGUGCCUGUAGAAAAAGACAAGCAAAAACUGGUGACCAACUGAGGCCCACAAAGUUGGUUAGUCUUUCUCUGUUGUUCAUUUGUAGAGGAGGACAAGUUCUUCUUAUUUUGUUUAAUUGUCACAGAAUAACAUUCUUUCUGAAGAACUAGUGAAUGCGACAUAAUUGUUGCAUUUAGUUACCAGAAGAAACACAAAUGCUUGGCUUUUAACAUGGGACAGCCAGAGAGACAUACAAAAUAUCAUAAACACUGAUUCCAUAUCAGCUUCAUAGUGACAGAACAUAAAAAUGCAACGUACGUUUGAAGAAAGGAAAAUUUAGGACUUCAUAUAAACAGAGACAGAAAUAGAUGUAACAGUGGAGCUAUUGGAAGCUAAAGCCCUGAGAUUUGUUGGAUGUGGUGAUUUGAAACUAGCAUUUACUAUGUGAGCUUUUCCACAAUGUAUUGUCAUGGAGUAAUAAAGAAGGAUGUGCUUUGUCUUUGCCAUCGCACUUUGAAAAAGCUCUCUAAUUACUCCCUGCCCCCAUUAAAACCGCUUCUGUUAACUAGGUAAAAUGUCACAUUACAUUAGAAACAGAGAAUUUUGUACAGACAUCAGCAAUGGUGUACCUUGGCAUUCUCCUGCCAGAACCUAAUAUCCCUUGAUUCACUUUGUGUCCAGAAAUCUAUCAAUCUUGGAAGUACUUGGUGUCAAUUCUUUAGGGUAGAAAAUUUUAAACAUUUUCAAAUCUCUGGAUAAAAAAGAUGCUGGUGUUAGUGGGAGAGAGUGUAAGCCAUUGUAGGGUUUCUUUAUCCACUUCAACCUUCUGCUUUUGUAUGGCUGAAAUCAGACCAAGGAAAAUGCAAACUUUUUCAAUAUUGUAUCAUGAGUGCAAUUAUUUAUAUUUAUGCAUGUUCUUUCAAAAGUCAAGUGAAAUACAACCUAGCAAUCAUUCUCUAUUUAUAUACUGUUUGUGGGAUUUUGCUUUGCACAUAAUGGGCAACAUUUGCCUGCAUAAUGUAAUUCAUUGCAAGAAACUCUUGGGAUAUAGUAAGAAGCAAUACAGGGUCUCUCCCUACAGGUGGACCCACUCAUUGCCAGGUCAGGUUGUAUUUGAUCUGAUUCCAUUGUCAUUGCCUUGACGAUACUUAAAGUGACUAAUUUUUUGGGAUAUCAAUUCUUUGAGAGCGUCAUGAUAGGAUUUUGAUGACAUUCUGAACUUGUAUACUCCCCACAGAUGCCUUGUCCUGAUUUUCUGUUCUAUCCUCGUGUAUGCAAUUCCAAUUAUUUGCAUGUCUUUAAGAUAAAAUAGUGUGUAAUUGUUUGUUAAAUUCUUUCCUGUUUUGACCCCUCCCAUGUGUUUUGUGGUUGCGGAAGGCUAGUUUCUGGUGUGUAGAUGCCUACUGCAUUUAUGAAGCAUUACUUUCUCCUUGGCUACUGUGUCAUUUAUGACAAAAUUGCAGAGACAGCCAGCACAAUGAGCAUUUGUGUACUGGCAUUAUUGUGGAUGUUGAUGAGUAAAACUUAAACCUCAAUUUGAGAAGUGAAAAGUCUGCAUGGUUGCUCCGAGCCCUGAUGUUUGGAUGUAGAUUUUGUGUUCACUGAGGCCUCUUCUGUUGGAAAUACUGUGUUAUUUUUUAAAACCUAUUUUAGAAUCAUACAGCACAGAAAUAGGCUCUUCAGCCCACCACAUCUGCACUAAUCAUCAAGCACCUAUCCACAUGAAUUCUUUUUUUUGCAUUCCUAUCAACUGCACUCCCCUCCCCCCCCGGAAAUACCCACAGUUCUGCUCCCCCCUCCCCCCACGAAACUGGGGCCAAUUCACGGUAGGCAAUCAAUCUACCAACCUGGGAUGUGGAAAGAAACUGGGCCACACAGACAGCACCGGAGGUCAGGAUUGAAUCCUGGUCCCUGGUGCUGUGAGGCAGUAGCUUAAAUAAAUCUUUCAUGGGUUUUCACAUAAUUCUUUGGAUUUUUCUACAUCUGCGGUUAUAAAUAUCUUGUUCAGAUCAAUGCCGCAAUGACUCUUUACCGAGAAUCUCCUCUCACUCUUUAAUAAUUUUAAAAUAAAAUUAUUUUUCUCAUAGCAGGAGCGUAACUUGUAAUCCCAUCUUGCUCCAUGACCCUUUUAUAUAAACCUCACUCUUGCCUCCUAAGUUAUACCAACACAACCACACACAGGGUAAGAGCAGUUAGUUGACAAGGCAGAUUUUCCUCUGGUUAUGAUGUUACAGUUAACAUUAUCAGGUUCAGCUCUUAUGCAUUGCACCCUUAUGAUCUUAUUAGUAGCACUGAGCUGCUGGAUUUUUUUUCAAUCAAUCAUUACUUCCAAGAUUACAGACCAAUAAUCAUUGCCCAACCCUAGUUGCUGUAGAAAACAGGGAGAUGGUUUCUGUAAGAUCCUCCAGCACAUUGCAGAUUUUGCUUGUCCCGCCAUUGAUGAUCUUGUCUGCACUUCCCUCUGAUUUAAGUUUUGGAGUUACUUGGCUAAAUCCCUCUGCCUCUUCACCUCCUUUUACGAUACUUCUUGAUGGGGUUAUGGUACCAUGUGGCGGUCAACCAGAUUAUCAUCCUGAGGUCUGGAUCAUUGAUUCGGGUGCAGAAGUUGAAAUCUCACCUUGACAGCAGGUAUUUAAACUUGAGUAAUUAAAUCUGGAAUUUAAUGAAAUAGUGAAAUCUGUAAUUGUGACCAUGAAACUGUCAGGAAGGAAGUCUGCCGUCCUUGCCCAGUCUGACCUGUUUGUGACUCCAGACCCUCAUGUGCUUGACUGCUGUUUCUUCAAUUUAGGGCCAACAAUGUGGAUUGUCAACAACAUCGAGAUUCACUUAAAAAAAAGUAAAUUAAAGAAAAACUACCUCAUAAACCAAACUAUUAACCAUCUGUCUUGAUUUGACUGAGCCACAAAAAAAACUUCUGAUUCAAUUACACUCCCAGGAAGAUUUUUGUGAUGUUUUGCAGAUCUAAAGCUGCUAUAUAAAUGCAGGCUUUUGUUCUUGAAUCAGUUUGUGCAGUUAGAUACAGCUGAGUGUUUUGUACCAGUCAGCCACAUUAAUGUGGGGCUUAAGUCAGAUAUAAACUCAGAUCGUUUAAUGACAUCUGCUACUUUCCCUAAAGGACACCAGUCUGAUUCAUCAUUGUACUCUAAGCCUUUUUAUUCCAAGGUUCUUUUAUAAUUGAUCUCAAAUGUUAAGUGAAUAUGUGGAAACCCUCCCCCUCAUUGCACAGACACUGCUACUAAUGUGUGUGCUAUAGGUGAAGGGGGUUGCUGGUACAGCACCCUGAAGCGAUACAAUGAGCUGCAUUCCCUAGUCCCAUCCCAGCCUUGCCAGGGCAGGGAGAGCAGUAGCAGGAUAUAAAUUAGAGGUGCUUUGUACAUUGUUUUCCUAAACAGCUGCCAGAAAUGAGGUAUUGCAGUGGUACUGGCCUUAACUUGUUGAUUAAGGAGCAUGCUCUGAAAGUCUCUCAUGAGCGUCCUCCUGUGAAUGGGCCGAUUAUCUAUUCCUGACACUUUGGCACCCCUAUGUUGUGUAUUUAGUUGAAUUAUCUGAGUGAUUCUCUGCAUGCUUGAAUCUGGCAAUAACAAGGUUGAAGUCUAGUGUCAUUGCUGUCUAACUCUCACUUGCGGUAUUUCCAACAAUUGCAUUCCAAAGUGGAAAGUAGCAGCUUGAAUGCUUUUAAAGUCUGUUUUAGUCAUUUAAAGUUUUAUUUGAAUCAUUAUUUAACUCUGUAUUUAACAGAGUUAUCUGUAUUUAACUCUAGAGAAAUGAAGAAUUAAAAAUAUGUUGAUUUUGCACUUUA